AAUAGAAGACCAUACCUUGUAUACUAAUCAAGCACGCAAGCACACAUACACGCAGGAACGAUGGCGCAAUCGCACGGAUCCGGCAAUGGCAAGCUCACCUUAUACGUGGACCUCAUUAGUCCAUUUGCCUACAUGGCAUAUUGGCUGACUAGGAACUCCCCCGCCUUCACCUCCUCCUCCAUCCAAAUAACCUACAUCCCCAUCCUCCUCGGCGGCGUAAUGGCAGCCUGCAACAACCAACCACCCUUGAACAUAACCAACAAAAAAGACUGGAUCAACCUCGAACGAACUCGUACAGCUUCUAUGCUCCGCAUCCCAAUCUCCUCUUCCACCCCGAACCCGUUUCCUCAAUCAACCGUAAACGCCCAACGCGCAUUAUGUUACCUCUACUCUCAGAAAUCGCAAACAGAAUUGAUCAAAGCUUUGGAUGUGCUUUAUGAGGCUUUUUGGGUUAAAUGUGUGAGUCCGAUUUCGGAUUUGAAGAAUUUGGAGCAGAUUUUGGGGAAGGCUUUCGGGGAGGAGGAAGUGAAGGAGAUUUUGCAGGGGAUUAAGAGUGAGGAGGCUAAGGCUACGUUGAAGAAGAAUAGUGAUGAGGCUUUUCAGGAGGGGUGUUUUGGUUUGCCGUGGUGGGUUGCAACGAAUGGGAAGGGGGAGAAGGAGAGGUUUUGGGGCGUCGAUCAUGUGGGACAGGUUUUGGAUCAUCUGGGGGUGGAGGUCAAUGCGGAGGAUGGGAGGUAUAGGAGUAUGCUGUAAGAUGACGAGUUGAGA